UGCGACACAAGUUUAGAUAUGGGAUGUGAGGGAGGUCUUAUGGAUGAUGCUUUUAAGUUCAUCAUCAAGAAUCACGGGCUUACUACUGAAUCGAAUUAUCCAUACAAGGGAACUGAUAGCACUUGCAAAACUGGAAAGGAAUCCAACGAUGCUGCUAAGAUUAGUGGUUAUGAAGAUGUCCCAGCCAAUAGUGAAUCUGCUCUGUUGAGUGCUGUUGCUAACCAACCUGUAUCUGUGGCUAUUGAUGCUAGUGGAUCAGAUUUUCAAUUCUACUCGAGUGGUGUUUUUACUGGAGAAUGUGGAACUGAGUUAGAUCAUGGUGUUACAGCAGUUGGAUAUGGGAAAACUAGUGAUGGGACUAAGUAUUGGUUAGUCAAGAACUCGUGGGGAACCAGCUGGGGCGAGAACGGUUACAUUAGAAUGCAAAGAGGCAUUGAUGCUGAAGAAGGACUUUGUGGAAUUGCUAUGCAAGCUUCUUAUCCAACUGCUUAAUUGCUGAGAAGCUCUGUGGGAAUUUGUUGUUGAUUAUAGUCGUCUUUAAACACUAUU